UGGAGCAGUCAACUGCCGGACAAUACACAAUCUUUUCAAUUCUUAACGUAAAAAUGUGUAAAAUUUAAAUGUGAUUAGAAAAAGUAAAUACUAUUAAAAAAAAAAGUCGUGAACAAAUAUUGUAAACAUUUAGAAUUUUUAAUUCGUCAUAGUUUUAAGGGAAAAGGACUACAAUGAUGGGCAUAGAACUAAAAACCACAACAGAGGAGGCAAAUGCCAUAGCAGUUUACAAAGAUACAACGAUACCGAAAAAGCCAAAGAAACCAAAGAAAAGAGAUAAAAGUGACUUGGGUCCAGACUUUAUAGCCCCAGAUGGUGGCUGGGGCUGGGUUGUGUGUAUAGCAGCUGGUUUAAGUAAUUUAUCUCUUUUUCCCCCUCUCCAACAAUAUGGUCUCAUCUAUAGACAACGCAUGGCCACAUAUGGUUUCGAUGCCAAAGAAGUCACAACCAUUGUUAAUGCCGAGUUGGCGUUGUCCUCACUGGUGGGAUUGGUGAACGGUGCCAUGUUCAGAAGAUUCACAUUUCGACAGGUGGCUAUAGCUGGAAGUCUGUUGGCAUUUAGCGGCAUACUACUUUCGGCAUUCUGUGAGACCUUUGUGCAGUAUUUGAUAUGCUUCUCCUGUACCUAUGGCAUUGGUUUGGGACUCUGCAUGGCAGCCACCUCUCUGGCAGUGAACACAUAUUUCAAAAAUAAACGAAGAAAAGCCACUGGAUUCUCUUGGACGCUCACUGGAUUGGGCGCCAUAGUAUUUCCACAUAUUUCUACGCUUUUGUUGACAUCCUAUGGGGCCCAAGGUGCAAUUUUAGUCUAUGCCGCUGUGGUGCUCAACUCUUUUUUGUGUGCCUUAACCUUGCAGCCGGUGCUGAGACAUUCACCCAAACCACCGAUUACGGCCGUUGCCACCACUCAGAAUGACAAUUACGAGUGCGAGUAUUGCCAAUUCCAAAAGAAGGACAAACGUAGUAUUUUCUCAUCCGAAUAUGUGUUCAACGAUGAUGAUCCUGACAAGCCGGGUUAUGAAAUCACUGAACCCGGCACUCCCAUGAUAGCUCGCGCCAAUGAUGGCUGGUUUGGCUCAAAAUUAUCACUCGCCAUGGACAAGGGUCCCCGCUAUAGAUCCACAAAGCUAUUGAAACAGCUCUCAAAGCAAGAAAGUUACGAAAGUGACUACGAUACUCGCAGACGCUCCAUGUACAAAUCGAAUUAUUUCAAUCGCGAACGAGAGGAAUUCGAUCGCUACGCCAGCAAAGCAAGUGUUAAUGCCAAAUCAAAAAGCGAUGGAUUUCACUGCACUUGCGCCGAAGAGAAGGCUCUGCUGCAAAUCCAAUCCGAAGAUAUGAAAAGGGAGGAAGAGUUUAGGCUACAGGCACUAUUGGAAGAAGAUAAGUUGGCUAAAAGUCGAAUGAGCUUUUGGCAGAAGGUGGUUUUGUUUUUUGACUUGGGUCUAUUGAAGGACUUCACGUUUGUGAAUCUGGCCGCUGGUAUGACCAUUAUGAUGUUUGGCGAAAUAAAUUUCUCCGUUUUGACUCCCUUUAUAUUGAAUAGUUUUGGUUACAGUGAUACCCAGAUAUCAUUGGCCAUGUCCUUGCUGGCCGGUAUGGAUAUAGCGGUUCGAUUUCUGGCUCCCUUAGUUCUGGAAAAAGUUAAGCUGGGGAAUCAAGCCCUUUUUGCCAUUGGCAUUAUAAUCAUAUCCAUUGGACGCUUGGUUGUGACCUUAACCGAUUCCUAUUACAUGAUAUUGGCUGUGUUUGUUCUGAUUGGAUUUGGCAAAGGAUUUCGCACAAUAUUUGCUCCUCUGAUUAUACCAAGCUAUGUGCCACUGAACAGAUUGCCGGCAGCUUCGGGCCUACAGCUGAUUUUAUGUUCUAUAAUUUCCUUUUCUCUCGGUCCCCUAUUAGGCAUAAUUACGGACAGUUUUGGCUAUGCAGCAACAAUUCACAGCAUCAAUGCAUUGACGUGUCUCACUCUGCUCUUUUGGUUUAUUGAAUAUUUGUCCAGAAGGAGACUUGGCAAAAAUUCAAUGGACUCAAAAUCCUGAAGAGGAAACAGUUGCUGGGAGGAUUUGACCGCAUUGGAAGGCACAAGUUCAUAUUUAAGCGUGGAAAUCGCUUCUAUAUGCACCUUUUAUAUUUAAAACUCUUUGAUCCAUUCACAUUAUUUUCUAUGGAGACAAUUUUUAUUAUAAUUCUAUGAAGAGAUGUGCAACUAGAAGAAAAUAUAUUUUUACUGCUUUAUAUACUACUGUGAAA